AUGUCGAAUGCUGAUAAACUCCAGCCUAAUGGAUCCAACUUCGCCGUUUGGGAGCUGAUGAUGAGAGAACGGGCUCUCGAGAUUUUCAGCAACCCGACAUGGUACACUAAACCGUGCGUGGAUCCGGUCCAGGAACAAAUAGGACAAUCACUCCUGCUCGCGACCGUCGACAGCAACAUGCACCGAAGCAUGUUACGUCAACCUAACUGCCUUGAAAUGUUCGCAUACCUGAAUUCAAGAUUUUUCACGGUAACUCGUGGGGAACAGUUGUCGUGCUGGGACAGAUUGAUCAACCUGAAAAUGUCCGACUUUUCAAGCAGCGCCGAAGCGGUAACCAAACUCUAUGAGACUCUUGACGACUUCAUCAGUUACGGACUAGACAUCAAUCGAGAAACGAUUGGAGGUCUCGCGCUACAGAGUUCCAUCGAGCCAGGUACCGAGUUACGCAAAGAAGUGGAUCGCCGAGUCGAACAGGACCUGGGCGGUUCCAGCAAGACGCUAUCAAAGAAAGCAGUCACGCCGGAUCAGAUCCUAAAGCACAUCGACAUCGUUAAGAGACAGCUCGACUUGGGCCCAUCACGAGCGAAUACCUUCUCCAGCUCCCUGCCACAAGCACGUCAAUCGGCCGUCGCCAUUUCCGAUCAAGCGAGGGAGUUCUACGAUCCUCAAACCUGGGAUACUCAAUCCGAGCAGGUAGAGGGCCUGGCGACGACAGGUCCCCAAUGCUGGAACUGUCGAUUGACUGAUCACUUACUCAGCAAAUGUCGCCUCCCGAGGCGGGCAGACUUUGACAGACCCCCUUCGACGUUCAAUGCAAUUUGA